AUGUAUAAUAAUAAUAGAAUUAAUCAAUUUCAACAACAACAACAACAACAACAACAGCAACAACAACAAACACAAUAUAAUACUCAAUACUAUGGACAAUAUCAACAACAAGGCCAUAUGAUGGGUGGACAUAUGCAACAACAUAUGCAACAUCCAAACCAAUUUCAACAACAUCAUCUUCAUCAACAACAAAUGAGUAUGAUGGGUCAUAUGCCACAACAACAACAACAACAACAAUAUGGUAGAGGAUUUCCUCAACAAAUGCAACAAAUGCAACAACAACAACAAAUGCAACAACAGCAACAACAGCAACAACAACAACAAUCUGAUAGUGAUUUAUCAUUAUAUAUAGGAGAUUUAGCUACAGAUGUAACAGAUCAACAAUUAAUGAAUGCAUUUCAAGGUAGAUAUCCAUCAGUUAGAAGUGCAAGGGUAAUUAUGGAUAGUGCAACAGGUAUAUCAAGAGGAUAUGGUUUUGUAAAAUUUGCAAGUGAUGUUGAAAAAGAUAAAGCACUCAUUGAUAUGAAUGGUUUCUAUAUAAAUAAUAAACCAAUUAAAGUAAAUAAUCCAACUCAUAAAAGAUUAAAUAGUCAAACCUCAACAAUACCUGAUUUAACUUCAACCGAUCCAAAUAAUACUGCAAUUUAUGUUUCACAAUUAGAUCAUUAUAUUGAUGAAGGUGUUUUACAAACUAUUUUUGGAGCAUAUGGUGAAAUAUCAUAUAUUAAAAUGUUAACAAAUAAGUUUAGUGCAUUUGUUAAUUUUGUAAAUAGAGAAUCAGCAGAAGCUGCAUUUGGUUUAAAUAAUUUUCCAGUUGGUAAUACACGUUUAAAGGUUCAAUGGGGUAAAAAUGUUGCUCCACCACCAAAAUCACCACCAAUGACACCAACUAAUAUUGCUGUUAACAUUAAUACACCUCCAAUAUUUUCAACAAAUAUAUCUUCAACGUCAUCACCCUCUUCACAUAGUGUUGUUGUAGUUAGUAGUAGUGGUGGUGGUGGUGGUGGUGGUGGUGGUGGUGGUACAAUUAAUUUCAAUGAAACUUCAAUUAACAAUAACAACAACAACAAUGAUGGUAAUAUAAAUAAUAGUAAUAUAAAUAAUAAUAGUAAUAUAAAUAACAAUAAUAAUGUUAAUAAUAAUAAUAAUAAUAAACCGAAUGGAGUUUCAAUUAAUAAUGAUAAAAACAAUUCAAGUAUUUACGAUCCACACUAUACAUAUUUUUCAAAUGAAAAGAUGGAUAUAACAAAGGCAUACAAUGUAACAGAGGAAAAUAAAGCUUACUUAUCUUGGAAUAAACCUCAAUUUACUACAAACUUUUAUUCACAAAAAACAUGGGGUUUACCUCAAAAAGAAAAAGAUGGUCCAGAUAGUUCAGUUUUUGAAGCUUAG